AUGGAAAAACACUGUGAUUUAUUAAUUGAAGGCGAUAUGAAUUAUCUUGAUCGUUCUGUCAUGGCAACAAGCAAUAUUGGUAUUGACCAAUAUUUCAAUAACGACACUGGUUUAUUACAAUUCGAACCACUAUUUAAAUUAUUAGAAUCCAAAACAGAAUAUCAAAAUCACCAAAUCGCAGCAUUGGUGGGCAAUGCACGUACUCAUACAGCCAAAUAA